CGCAAUGUGCAUAUAUUGUACAAAUCUAAAUAACAAAGUUUAAUUAAAAAUUUUAAUUACAGUAAUAUACUCGAUUAGAGUGUCUGCAUGUAUAUUUGACGACAAGUGCGUGCAUUAAAAGACGAGCAUAUGCUUUUCAGGUAUAUUGCUAGCAGCGAAAAUUGAUUAAUAUGAGGAUAAUGGAAAACGGUACGAUACUGAUGUUAAAGUCACUGGCGGCUGUGGUGUUGGUAAUGAGUGUUACUGUCACUGUAGCUAACUUUGUACUGACCAUCAAAGGAGGAAACAAUGUUUUUAGACCGUUUGAUACAAAUAUAUCAACACGUCUAAAUAUUUUAAACAAGACGGCAAAAGAAAAACAUAAAUACAUUUCUCACUUCAAGGUAGAAGGUCUGAAGAACGUCACAGAAAAUGUUCGUCCUAGCAACAAAGAUAGUAAAGAAGUACAUUUGGGUGAACAUGUCGGAUUAGCAACAAAAGAAAAGUGCCAUAAACGACUACCACAAGUAAUAAUCGCUGGACAAUACAAAUCUGGUACUGGAGCAUUAACAGAAUUUUUGAAUGAGCAUCCGCAAAUUUUCGCAUGCCGGGAAAGUGGAGAUAUACAAUUCUUUGAUAAAUAUUAUAUUUCAAGAGGAUUCCGUUGGUACAGAAAUAUUAUGCCCUGCACGUUUAAAACCCAAAUAACAAUUGAAAAAACAGCGCACUAUUUUUUACAUCCUAUAGCAGGUCUUCGUAUUCAUGACAUGAACCCGAAGUCAAAAAUUAUAAUUAUACUUAAAGAUCCAGUAACAGUUGCAGCAUCGCUGUAUGCAAUGUGGAGGGCGCACAAAGAUCACAGGGCGAAUGAAUUUUUGUUUGAAAGAAUGGUAACUAUGUUCAGUGGAAUCACUUUGCAAAUAAAUCCUAAUUCAGGAAUUAUACGGACAUCCUCGUACGUGGAACCUAUGCAACGAUGGAUUAAUCUCUUUAACAGAACCCAAUUGCUGAUUCUUGAUGGAAAUGCAUUUGAUAAACAUCCUUUAGGAAGUCUUAUGAAAGUAGAAAAGUUCUUGAAUGUAAAACAUUUCUUUAGCAUGGAACAGUUCGUAUAUAAUUCUACAAAAGGCAAAUACUGUUUUCGGAGAGCUAACAAAACAGUCCUAUGUUUGCCUGAAGAAAAAGGUAGACCGCAUCCGGAUAUAUCCGCCGAAGUCGUAAAAUUGCUUACUGAUUACUUUAAACCAAUAACCAAACGACUUUUUGAAAUUAUUAACCAGACUUUCCCAUGGUGAA